ACGCCGUUUUGCGCCGUGUUCGUUCAUCAUGUUUGGAAUUCCCAAGUUCUUCGGCUUCAGAGGCAGAGCCCUCAACUUGGCGAUUAGUUCCCUCGGUAGUCUGGAUUUCUUGCUCUUCGGAUAUGAUCAGGGUGUUACAGGUGGUCUGCUCGAUUUGCCGUCUUUCAUCAAAUACUUCCCCAGCAUCAAUCCCGACGACCCUAGUAUCGCAGAUGAUCGAGCUGCGCAGUCGCAGCGCAGCACAAACCAAGGAAUCGCAGUCGCAUCGUACAACCUGGGAUGUUUCCUCGGAGCCAUCAUAACCAUCUUCAUCGGUAACCCGCUCGGACGACGCAGAACUAUUUUCUUGGGCUGUGUGACGAUGGCUACAGGCGCUUUGCUUCAAACCACCGCGUUCCACCUGCCUCAUCUCGUCGUCGGUCGAAUUGUCACGGGUAUCGGCAACGGCAUGAAUACGAGUACUGUACCCACCUGGCAGUCCGAGUCUUCAAAGGCCCACGAUCGAGGGAAAAUGGUCAUGAUUGAGGGUAUGCUGAUCACGGCGGGUAUCACGCUCAGUUACUGGAUCAACUAUGGCUUUGCGCAUAUCGGAGACCAUGAGGUGGCAUGGCGGUUUCCAAUUGCCUUCCAGAUCAUUUUCGCGGUCAUCAUCUUCUGCUCAAUUCUUAACCUGCCCGAAUCUCCCCGUUGGCUAGUCAUGCAAGGACGCAAUGAGGAGGCUUUGGAUAUCUUGGAGGCUUUGAAUGAGAAGCCUAGGGAUGAUCCUUAUAUCCAGAAUGAAUUGCUUGCCAUUCAAGCUACCGUCAAGGAGAUGUCAAAGGGCUCAUACCGCAGUCUUUUCGACAUGAGCGAGUACCGUGAAUUCCAUCGCGUUGCACUCGCUUACAUCAACCAGAUGUUCCAGCAAAUUUCCGGAAUCAAUCUUAUCACUUACUAUGCCCCUCAACUGUAUAGGGACAUUGGUCUCCAGGGAGAACACCAGCCGAAGUUGUUGGCCGCUUGCAACGGUACCGAGUAUCUUAUGGCCGCGUUUAUUCCAAUCUUCAUCAUCGAGAAGGUUGGACGUCGACCACUGAUGCUUUUCGGGGCUGCUGGCAUGUCUAUCUCUAUGGCUGUUCUUGCAGGCACCAAUUACCGAAUCACUCAACUGGGAGACACCCGAGCUGGUGUCGGACAGGCUGUCUUCCUUUUUGUCUUCAACACUUUCUUCGCUAUCGGAUGGCUCGGAAUGACCUGGUUGUACCCGGCUGAGAUUGUGCCUCUGCGUAUCCGUGCUCCCACCAACGCCUUAGCCACCAGUGCUAAUUGGAUCUUCAACUUCAUGGUCGUCAUGAUCACCCCUGUCGCAUUCGACAGUAUCGGCUACAAGACCUAUGUCAUCUUUGCUGUCAUCAACGCUUUCAUCUUCCCCUUCGUGUACUUCUUCUUCCCCGAGACCCGCUACCGAUCCCUCGAGGAAAUGGACGACAUCUUCAAGAAGUCCAAGAGCGUUUUCGACGCCGCGCCCAUCUCCAUCAAGGAGCCCUUCCGCUACGACAAGCACGGUCAACUCAAGCCCGAAUACCUCGAGGAGGCGCUCCGACGCACCAGCACUUCGGUGCACGUUGCCGGUCAGAAGAUUGAUAGCGAUGAGAGCGUUCCUGAGGUUAAGGCUUGAGAUUUGAGGACUUGAAUCCAUCCUCCACACGCGGUAGAAAGAAGCGAAUGACGUUGAAUUUCAGGUGUAUCAUAUCACAUCUAUACCCUGCGAGCAAAAUCAUACCCUUUGUGAGCAAAUGUGAGCUGAUUUGUGUGGCAUGGUGAUGGGAUAGCUUCGUCUAUCCUCGGUUUUAAUUUCUUUUCGAUCUUGUGCAUAAUCUUGCCCUUUCUGCUACUGUUUUGUGCUUAGUGAUUCCCAGUAGAAUAAGGCUUGAUUCAUUGGAACUUAGUUUUAGAGGGAAAGCUCUCGACCUUUUACCAACAUCGUUGCUCUGCUAGAUG